UACAUAGUGUUUUCAUGUUAUUUUUCUUUUCCCAGAAUGCCUAAAUCAAAGGAACUUGUAUCUUCAAGCUCAUCUGCCAGUGAUUCAGAUAGUGAAGUUGACAAAAAGGCAAAGCGGAAAAAGCAAGUAACUCCAGAAAAGACUGUAAAGAAACAAAAGACUGGUGAAAGUUCAAAAGGUGCAGCUUCUUCUAAGCAAAGCAGUAACAGAGAUGAGAAUAUGUUUCAGAUUGGCAAAAUGAGGUAUGUCAGUGUUCGAGAUUUUAAAGGGAAAGUCUUAAUUGAUAUUAGAGAAUACUGGAUGGAUCAAGAAGGUGAAAUGAAGCCUGGCAGAAAAGGUAUUUCUUUAAAUCCAGAACAGUGGAACCAGCUGAAGGAACAGAUUUCUGAUAUUGAUGAUGCAGUAAGAAAACUCUAAAGAUAGAGCCAUACAAAAACUUAUAUCAUUUAGUUGUAUUAAGCAGUCUUUUUACAUUGGCUUUAGUUUUCUAAAAUAUUGUUUUCCAAGCUAUUGUAUAUUUGGAUAGCAAAACAAUUUGUAAGAUGAAUACUUUUCUUAUGUGCAUUAAAAGUGUAUUCUGAGUGAGGAUAUUUGUGUAUACUUUGCUAAAAGGAAUUGUGUUGCUUUCACCUCAUGGUGUAAAAUAAACAAAUUAAGUAAUAUGUAAAGCAUACUUGUUUAUGGCCUUUCGAUUCAAGGAGUUUGCUGAUAAGGCCACCUAAUAGCUUUAGCAGUUGUUUUAAUUUCAGUUUAGUUUACAGUAAAUAUUCAUUUGUUUUAUGAGGGGAUUUCUUGAGAUAUCUCAAGUUCACUUUUUCUUUUACUCAAUUUUCUUUGGUAUUGCCCUACAGCUGUCUGCUUUAAGACUUGAUACAAACAGUGAAUACUUGGAAAAACAUAUUUUUUGUAGAUAAUUUUCAAUACUGUGUUUGCUAAUUUACCCUAUUUAUGUUAAGGGUCUUGAUGUUAUGUUAAGGGUUAAGAUGUUAACAGUCUUGAAUAUAUAGCUUGUUUUGCAUUACUUGCAUGAAGCAUUAUGCUAAACAAUAACACUUGAACACAAAACACAUGCUCUCUCUUCCCAUUUUUCUAAAGCUUGGUUGACCUACAAAAUGCAAGUAGCCUUUUUUCUGGACUUUGGAUGUGAAACGUUAACUUCUAUACCUCAGAGUAAGACAGUAUCUAAAGGCUCCAAAUGUGGUUAUUAGUUAGAACACUCUUCCAGGUUUGCAUUAAAUUCAUUCUGGAACACAUAAUCAGUUAUGGAAAAGGAAUGGUUAACCUGUCUGUAGGGUUUUCAUUCAUUUGAAAGUAUUGCAUAAACAAUGAUGCUUAAAUUAGACUGUAACACAGGUUAAGCAAUCAAACAGGAUUAAAACUGCUGCAGCCAAAAUGUCGUUCUGUCUGUCAUGUUUCUGCCUCCUGCACGCUCUGCCCAGGCCUCGGGGUGCUCCCUGUGGCUCCUGUGUGCAGGGCUGGUUGAUCUCUCUGCGGAAGGCGCUUAGUGAGCCCAGGGGGAUUACCCGGUACACAGCACACCAUGACCCAGCAAGCCUGGCUGGUCAGCCCCAGUACCCUGGACAGAAAAGCCUCUGGGAGCAUCUCACUGCUUUCAUCCUCUCCUGCUGCCAUCAGCGCUGUGCCCUCCUGCACCGGGGGAAGGGACCGGUGUGUUAGGGGGUGUCUAAGGGGGUUCCCUGCUACCUCAGCCUGUAUUUAUAAUUUACAACAAGGAGUUUGCGGGUUUUAGUUCUUUUAGCCUUUCUCCCCAGGUGGCCAGCAAGCUGUCCGGGGCUGUGCUGUCACCUGAUGCAAACUCGCCCUUUGCUGGCACGUCCCGCAUCCGGUCCCCACGGGACAGCGGUGCCACCCUCCAUGGAUGUGACAAUAUUUCGGCUUCUGGAGGUUGCUAUUUUUGCCCGGCGGUGACGGCGAGGUUGGCCCCGCUCCCGCCUGUGCUGUUCCUUCAGAGGACAAACUGCCAUUUUUCAUUUCCGUGGAUAAACCAAUAUGCAGCUCCUCUUGACUGGCUGACAGAGUGUGUUUCCCUUCCUGAGUCUCAGCAGCAUGAUCACGGCCUGCAUCUGAAAUACCACUCUCUGUUACUGAGCCCUGAAAAUCAACAGCCUGCACUUCAGCAAUUCUAGCCUCAGCCUCUGCCACUGGAGGUGGAAAAGGUUCUGUGGAGCUGUGUGUCAUGGAAGCUCUGUUACACAAGAGGCUGCCCAGGAGGAAGGGCUUAUGGGUGAUGCUGAGUCCCUAACAACAGAAGGGAGGACGGAGAAUGUGAUGGAAAACUUGGAGAUGUGAGUGGCACACCAGGGUGGAAGUUGACGGUGCAAGAUGAAAGUUUGCUGGCACAAAAUAACUACAGUGAAGAAAUGGAAGCAGAAUUGGAGGAGUUAGUUUUCUGACAUAAUUAAGCAAAGCAAGAAGAUAAAACAGCUUUAUGAAAAAGAAGAUUUAAAAACUGGUGAAUGUCCAACUUAAUUAGUUUAUGUGUAAUUUUCCCAUUUGAUGAUAACAGAGUCUCUAAAUUUUGUAUAGAUAAGCAAGAUUUACUGUUUGUUUAGUUAAAGAACAUUUUGAUAUAUUUGUUUUAUAUUGCAGACAUGAUUGUAAGUGCCAUAUGCUGUUUAUGUGCUGCAGAGUUCAUAAUUCAAUGCAAAUCGGUAUUAAAGGCUGAGGAAAAGAGACUUCAUCAAAUUAAGUGCAUGUUGUUUAAUUUAAAUAUGUCACAUAUCUUCAACUGCUUUUUAACUUACCCACUGUUGAUAUAUUACAAAUAAAAUUUCAAUCUGUUUUUGUAUAGCUCAAGAAAUCUUACGUUUUUAAGAACUGGUUGAGGGUGAAUAAAAGGGUGAGGAGAUGUUUGUGAUAGCAGAUGUGGUUUUGGGCACAGCAUUCUUUUUUGAGUGACUCUUAACAACAUAUAGGGCUAUUUGCACCAAAUAGAAUAAAUAUGAAAUAGCUGCUAAAAUUUCACAGAUGAGUGAAAUAAAUUGCUUCAGAUCCCUAUAGACAGGUUCUAGGUGGUUUUUAUUGUAAUAUAUAUAUAAUGUGAUUUUGUUCCUUUAAGUCUAAAAUUUUGCAACCAGAUUUCAUGCAUUUUACCUCAGAACUUUGAAGUGGCUACUUAAAAGUGCAUAUAGUUAUAUUAGAGGGAAGAUUGUCCUCACUUUGAUUACUGUGCUAAUAGGUCAAUUGUGUUCUGGAAGAUGGGAAAUUAAAAUCAUUCAUCUGGGGAGAUUGAGUGAAAAGGUUUAUUAUAGCGAUUAGUUUUCAUGUGGAAGUUGAUGGUAGAGGUAUUCAAAGAAAUUAGUACUUGUUAACCACAAAGUUAUUAGUAGAUAUCAAGAGACAAGUCAGUUUCACAAAUGAACUCAAAAUGGGAUGACUUGAUCUGUCUUGUAAGAUGGUAAUAUGCAAGUAACCUCUAUAAAAGUGUGACACAUUCAGUAUUAUUUGGAAAUAAAUGCUAAUGAAUUGUCAUGUAAUCAUCUGUAGCUUCUCUUAAUUUGAGAAGAAAAUUAAAAUCUUUUCUGGCUAAAGAUUAUUUUUUGCAGACAGUGUUAGCUAGGGUGUGUGUUGAAGUAUCCAUGGAAGAAAAUUGUGCAUGUAUGACGAGGCUGUCUAAUGCAAGAUAAAAGCACUGCUCCCUUCCCAUUUAGGUGAUGAGAGAUACAUUUGAUUCUUAGUGUUUAUGCAGGGCAUAUUAGCAAUAUGUUUUAUAAAUAAGGCCUACUAUGGAGCUUAGGGGAAAAAACACAUCACAGAACUGCCAAAGUACUGUAUAUGUGAUAAUCAAACUGUCAUGUAUCAUGUUGCUCGUAUGUAUAGAUGUUCAUAUUGAAAAUAAACAAAUGCAGUACUAACUUUGGUAUUUCUUCUAAAGAAGAUGGCCCUGGUUAUGUAUGUAUGUGAUCUGUUAGCAAAAACAGUUGAUGAUUGUAAUUCUGGUAACUCAAAUGUCUUAUUGUUAGUCAUGUGGAAUGUUUCAUGUUUUGCUCUAGUGUCCAAUGCAAAGAGGCCACUGGAAAUAGAGCCCUUCAACUGUAAUUACCUUAAUGUUAAAUAAAAAAUGGUUAAAUGGCAUAUGUGUAAUAACAAUUUGAACACUUGGAAAUAAAAAGACUUCUGUUGA